AAUAGUAAUAAUAAUAAUUCUGAGAUUAUAACCGUUGCGCGAACGAGAAAGAAAAACCAACCGCGAGACACUUAAUUGCAAACUACUGAAUAUCGGAAAUAAUCAAUUAUAAUGGUGAAAUCAUUCGCAAUCUGUGUGAUCGUUGCAGUGCUUGCACAUUCUGCGCACGGUAUACGAACAAAGCGGCAAUCAGAUGAGACUUCAACAAAGAAAGAUGAGUCGUUUGAACAAGAGUUGUGCAAAGGUAAAGAUGCCGGUGAAUGGUUUCGUUUGGUUUCAGGCGAAGGUGACAACUGUCGCGACGUAAUCCAAUGUACCUCAUCGGGUCUUCAAGCUAUUCGUUGUCCAGCUGGUCUUUAUUUCGACAUUGAAAAGCAAACAUGUGACUGGAAAGAUUCGGUGAAAAACUGCAAGCUCAAGAACAAAGAGCGUAAAGUGAAACCAUUGUUGUACACCGAUGAACCAUUGUGUCAAGAUGGUUUCUUGGCCUGCGGUGAUGGAAACUGUAUUGAACGUGGUUUGUUCUGUAACGGCGAAAAGGACUGUGCUGAUGGUUCCGAUGAAAACAGCUGUGACAUCGACAACGAUCCAAACCGUGCACCACCAUGCGACCCAGCCGUCUGUGUAUUGCCCGAUUGUUUCUGCUCCGAAGAUGGCACAACCAUUCCCGGCGGGCUACCAGGUAAAGAUGUACCAAUGAUGAUCACGAUUACAUUCGACGAUGCCAUCAACAACAACAACAUUGAGCUGUACAAAGAGAUCUUCAACGGAAAACGUAAAAAUCCAAACGGCUGUGACAUUAAGGCAACAUACUUUGUAUCGCACAAAUAUACAAAUUAUUCAGCCGUGCAAGAGACUCACCGCAAAGGUCAUGAAGUUGCAGUUCAUUCAAUUACGCACAAUGACGACGAACGUUUCUGGUCAAAUGCCACCGUUGAUGACUGGGCCAAGGAGAUGGCUGGUAUGAGAAUCAUCAUGGAAAAAUACGCAAACAUCACCGAUAACUCAGUGGUCGGUGUUCGUGCACCAUACUUGCGUGUUGGCGGCAACAAUCAAUUCACAAUGAUGGAAGAGCAAGCGUUCUUGUACGAUUCAACAAUCACCGCACCAUUGUCAAAUCCACCACUCUGGCCAUACACCAUGUACUUCAAGAUGCCACACCGUUGUCACGGCAACUUGCAAAGCUGUCCAACACGUUCACAUGCCGUCUGGGAAAUGGUUAUGAAUGAAUUGGAUCGUCGUGAAGAUCCAACCAAUGAUGAAUACUUGCCCGGCUGCGCUAUGGUCGAUUCCUGCUCAAACAUUUUGUCCGGCGAACAAUUCUACAACUUCUUGAACCACAACUUUGACAGACAUUACGAACAGAACCGAGCACCUUUAGGUCUUUACUUCCACGCUGCCUGGUUAAAGAACAAUCCAGACUACUUGGACGCAUUCUUAUACUGGAUCGAUGAAGUUUUGUCAAAUCACAAUGAUGUUUACUUUGUGACUAUGACCCAAGUUAUUCAAUGGAUACAAAAUCCACGAACAGUUUCCGAAGUCAAGAACUUUGAACCAUGGAGAGAAAAGUGCUCAGUUGAAGGAGCACAAGCCUGUUGGGUGCCACACUCAUGCAAACUCACAUCGAAAGAAGUGCCCGGCGAAACAAUCAAUUUGCAAACAUGCGUCAGAUGUCCAAAUAAUUAUCCAUGGCUAAAUGAUCCAACAGGCGACGGCUUCUUCUAGACGCUGAUGAUUUCCUAAGUCAUUUGAGUGUAAUGUUAUUUUUAUUUAGUAUUUGUUUUCUACUCUCCUUUGUUUUCGAUUCUUCUUUUCUUUACAACAAUUUUUUUCUUCUUUUUUUAUUCUUUUGUUUUGAUGUUUUUUUUAUACCGGAGUGGAAAAAAAAAUCUUACCUAUUCAAAUUAGAAAAAAAGCCUUAAAUUUCAAUCCGAUUCGAAAAUUCGAAGCUCAUGACGAUUAAUAGUCGAUUGGUUGUUUUUUUUUGUAUGAUCGUCUCAUACAUAAAACAUAUAUAGAAAAAAAAAGAAAAUACAAUUCCCCAUUCUGAAAUUUUCAAUUUCUUUUCAUCACCUAUAUAAUUUUGUGUCUCCUUUCUCCGAUCAAUAAAGUAUGAAUGAAAAUGAAAACGCUGUCAACUCCAAAUAGAAAAACAAAGAGACGGUUUAGUGAGAAAGUUUUAUGUAGCUGUGUUAUAAGUAAUUGUUAAAUGUUAUUUGUAAAAGAAAACGAGAUCCUCCCGUUCGAUUUGACUUUGGUUUCAUUUUUUAUUCAUUCUUCAAAGCUCUCAGUGUGCAGAACAUGAGAAUAGGUAAAUUAAUUAAAAGAAUACGGGAAAAAUAAAGAAAAAAAAACCUGAAAUCUGAAUGCCAACAAAUUGUUGAACCGCAGUGGUAAUUCAAUUCAGACUUGCGUAUAUCGAAUAGUUAGCAAACAAAAAAGAAUUCUAGCACUAUUAUCUUGAUUGGAAGUCAGAGACUUAGAAUACGUGUUUUUGUAUUCAUUUGAAACAAUUUUUCAAACGUGAGAACUAUUAAAACUAAAUAUUGUAAAAAAUAGAUAAGACAAAAUGAAUUAAAUAAAGUAAAUAAACGAAAACAAUACAAAACAAA